AUGGUCAAAGCACUCUCUUGGCAUGAAACCAAUCUAAGAUGGUUUGUAUUAUGUCUAAUUGGUGUUUAUCCAUUAGCACAAUUCCUAAUAGCUGAAUUUCCUGCGUUAUUGGGAGAAUAAAUUAAGGACUAUUUUUAGGUCACACAAGAAGAUGUCAAUUAUUUACUUUUAUUUGAAUCACUUCCAAACAUGGUCAUGACUUUAGUAGGAGGUUUAAUAAUUGAUGCCUUUGGCGUUAGAAGAUCAUAUGUGCUUUUUGCAUUGGUAGUAAUCCUUGGCUAAUUUUUGUGCUUAUUUUCGGUAUUUUUGCACAGUUUUAAAUUAAUGAUCAUCGGAAGAUUUGUAUUUGGGAUAUUUGAGUCAAGUGGAUGUGUAGCAGAGAGUUAUUACAUUAAUAAGUGGUUCAAAGAUAAAGAAAAUUCACUUGCAUAUGGUAUCGAUACUGCUCUCUGCAGAAUCGGAUCAAUAACUGCUUCAAUAUUAUACCCAUUCUUAUAUUCAGCAUCUGACAGUGACUUAUCAAAAUGCCUGCUUAUGUGCUUUAAAAUCGCAAUUUUUAGUUUUAUUACAAUUAUAAUUCUGACUUAAAUAGACAGAUUUAGCGAUAUGAGAGAUAAAGUCGAGGAUCAAAAACUGGAAAGCAUUGAUCUGAGAUAAAUCAAAAAUUUUAGUUUAGAAUUUUAUAUAACAUUAAUAAGUUGUGCAACAUGCUAUUCAGUUUUUUUUAUCUUCAGCUACAAUUCUGUAGAAAUGUUUAAAGAGAACUUUAAAUUAGAUCAGAAUACGGCGAAUAUUUUGUUUAGUAUUCCUUAUUAUCUCUCAGCUUUACUAAGUCCAAUUGUCGGCUAUUAUUUAUAAAGAAUAGGAAGAGACAUUGAAAUUUUAAUAAUUGCUUGUAGUUGUCAAUUACUCACCUUGAUAAUGUACUAAAUUUUGCCAGAGUUCGAGUCUCCAUGUUUAAUAUUUCCUUUGAUUGGAAGUAUUCUUAAUGGACUCUUUUUUGGAGUUUAUUUUGCAGUUAUGUGGCCAUACAUUCCCAAUAUUGUGCCAUCACAUAUGGUAGCCACUGGAUUCGGAUUAAUAUAUAGCUGUAUUAAUUUAGAAUUGACUUGUUUUUCAUAUAUUGUUGCCAAUAUUUUAAGCGUGGAGAGUUACGAAAAUUAUCAAAAGGUGAACUCUUUGCUACUUUUAUUAUCAAUUAUUGGCUUUAUUUCUCUGAUCUAUUUGUAUUUUACAAAUAAAUCAAAACAGAGAAAUUCUACUCAUUCUUAAUCCAAUGAAACAGAUUCCACCAUCUAAAUCGAAUUAAUGGUGGUUUCUGGAUAAACUUGA